CAGACGCCAAAAGUAGUUCCAAUGUCCAACGCCCUGUUGCUUAAUUUGUAGAUUUAAACCGAUCAAAAUCGCGUUUUUUACGUUGUGUAGUGCCUUGUUUUACUGCGUGUUAAGUUUUAUACAUUCUAACAAUAUGUUACAACUAAUAAACAUAUAAAUAUAUACGUAAAUAACAUUUUAACAACACUUAACCUCAAAAAUCUACCUGUCAUGUUUUUGUCGGUGAUUUCGUGAUGGAAUACUUCGUAACUCUACCGGAGAAUCUACAAAUAGUGUGCAGAUUUUGCCUGUCGCAAAAUGGGGCCAUUAUUCCCCUCGAGGAGGAGCAAACGCAAAAUAUUCUGUCCAACAUUGGUUUGGAGGUGGAAGUCACGGAUAAUUUGCCAAAGAAAAUAUGCAGGGUCUGCAAAGGGUCCCUCAUAAACUUCUUCAACUUUAAAACAAUGGUGAAUACAAAUGCAAAGAUAUUGAAAGCUGUAGCCGGGAAACCACACAUUUCCUUGGUUGAAUGUAAUGAUAAUGCAAAUUAUAUCGAACUGGACGCCAAUUUAAACAUGGCUAAUGAAGAUAUAUUCGAAGAAGAAGAAGAAAGAGCAGUGGAAUCUAAAAUACCGACUUCCAAUGUUAUUGAUGAAAAUGAAGAUGGUGUGAUAAUGGAACCUGAAGACAUGAGUUUGGAAAAUAUUCCAGACGAAAAUGUAUUGGAAGAUGAAGACAAAGAUCAUUACAUGGAUGAUUCAAAAUCCAGUGGAAGUGUUUCUGAUAAAAGUUAUUCAGAGAGUGAAGAUGAAGAUUAUGGUGAAGAAAACGCGAUUUUCGAUAAGAAGGCUGAAGAAUUUGAUGAUGAAGAUGAGACUGACCACUUGGAAGAAGAAAUGGACAGUGGAGGUAAAAAUGAAGAAAGUGUUCAUGAAGAAAUUUUGAACCAAAACAUUUCAAAAGUGAAUGAAGAAAAUUGUGAAAUAUUAUCGACAAAACAGUGCAAAUUUUGCGUUUUCAAAUGUGGAAAUGUAAAGGAAAUGGCCAACCACAUGUUCAAAUGUGAAAAAGUGUCAAGAAACAUAAUGGAGUUUAAGGAAGAUGGGGUGAUAAAUUACAUGUGCUUGCUGUGUAGCGUGGAAAAUGCGCAAAAAAAGUAUCUUAAAGUGCAUGUGGGGAGUAAGAAUUGCAAAAAAACGUAUGCCAGGGAGAUUUUCUUGCAAAGACCUAGCAUUAUGAGGAGGAUUAUUACUAAAGAUAACAACUAUCAAUGCCUGUUGUGUCUUGAGGAGUUUGAUAAAAUUAAUAAGCUUCUGGUGCAUGUGAAAGAAGUCAAUUGUUUGGAACCACAUAAAGAGAAUGGUGAAAAAUAUACAAACUUUAUAAAAUGCGCGUUUUGUAGGGCGUUUUACAAACAAACGCAACUUCUGGAGUUGGAAGAGCACCAAUUUAGAUGCGAGAAAGUGCUUAAGCAUAUUAUUUACGAUGAUAGUACAAAAAAGUAUAAAUGCGGACUAUGCGGGUACGAAAAACCCCUAAAAUUCACAAUAAAAGCGCACGUGGGUAACAAGAGCUGCCGCAGUGUUAUAUGCGAGAAAAUAAACGAAAAAGGCAUGGAAAAAAUUACGCAGCUGAAGAGUUGCAAGGUUGCCUACACGUGCCCCUUGUGCACGGUGAAAUUCGACGAUUUUGCAGAGCUAAAAAGGCACAUUGUAGAAGUGAAUUGCCUGGAAUAUAAACCAACCAAGGGCCAAAUACAAAGCAACGUGGCAACGCCGAAUGCAUGCGAAUAUUGUGGUAACACUGUGGAGGAAAAUAAAAUCGCGCAACACACCUACAGGUGCGGGAAAGUGAGCAAACUAAUUAUGCAGAUAUCAUCUCAAUGCUUUAAAUGCACAAUAUGCGAUUUAACUUCGACAAAUAGUUUCUACAUAAAAAAACACAUUGGACUUUCGAACUGCCGCAGAUCCGUCAUGCAGAAAAUUGCUUUGAAAGAUGAGGAAAUUCAAAAAAAAAUUACGAUAAACAUCGAUGAAAACACUGUGUACACUUGCCCGUUUUGCGGGCAAUUUCACGACACAAUUACGAAACUAUCCCACCACAUAAAAUACAAGGACUGCCUCAAUAUAAACGCCUCCGAACCUGUGGAAGUGGAGACCACGCCCAUACCCAAACGUUGCCAGAUCUGCGACUCCAUCUCCUACUCGGACCUGAAAGAGUUGGAAAUGCACGAAGUGCGAUGCGCCCUGGUUUACCGGCACGUUUUGACCGUCGGGAAAAACUUUAAGUGCGCCGUUUGCGGGUACACUUCGUCGAGAAAGGCCAGCGUCAAAAACCACGUGGGUAACGUGCACUGUCGCAAAGAACUCGUCAGAAAACUCAAAGAUAAUGACGAGUGCACCUUGAAUAAAGUCGCAAGCGGCGACGCGUUCGAGUGCAUGUUGUGCGAACAGGGCUUUAGCUUGAAGUGGGAGUUAUGCAACCAUCUGCUCCACAAGGCCUGCUUGAUGAAUAACGACGGCGCCCUGCAACAGGUUGUGGCCAUCGCCAAACUCAACAACACCAAAACUGAAGUGCCGUGCAAAUUUUGCAAUAAAACGUACACAGAACACGAUAAACAUUUCGCGACUUGCGAAAUACUACACAGAAACAUGUACGAACUGAACGAAUCCCAAAAAUACCACUGCGGACUUUGCAACACCUCAGUUAGCAGUGAGAAGUGGAAGGAACACUUUCUGAGCAGCACGUGCAGACUCAAACUACUGCAAAGCAUCAAAUCGGGCGAUAUACGGCCCCUCAUAGAAUUCCUACGCAAAGAUGACGAAUUGUACCAAUGUUCGCUGUGCCAGAACGAAUUUUCCGAACCCGUCGACAUCGUGAACCACGUGAAAAACCUAGAUUGCGUGGAUUUCGAUUUGAACGCGGAAAACGCCGAGAAAAGAAAAUGCCCUUAUUGCCCGCUAACCUUCGCAAACGAAGACGCGUUUGAGAGUCACCAAGAUGCGUGUUUUAAACUGUCAAGCAACAUUGUAGAGGUGACGAAAAAUAAGCUCUACAAGUGCAGGCUGUGCGAGUAUAGCAGCAAGUUCCGUUUCAACGUUAGGUUGCAUGUAGGGGGCGUUACAUGCAGGGAGACUUUCCUGGGGUUGGAUAUGGAGACCUUCAGUGGAAUCACCAAGACAUUCAACGAUUUCUACGAGUGCCCUCUGUGCAAGUUGUUGUUUGUUAAUAACGACUUGGUGGUUGAACAUUUACGCAAUAACGACUGCACUGUUGAGGAAGUUAACGUUGACGAGUUGCCUGUUGCGUUACAGGUCGAUUAUUACACCGAUUUGGAUGAAAAUUUGAGCGAUUCCAAAGAUUGCGCCAAUAAUACGAUGUGCCAUCUGUGCGACACAGAUUUGGAGUCGAACUUGCUGUUUUCUUUGCACUACUUCGAGCACAUAGUGUUAAAGCAGUUUUUGGAAAAGAACGUUAAUAUUCACUUCUGUUACAUUUGCGGUUAUAUACAGGAGAACGAAAAUUUUACGGAGCACUUCAUCGAGAUUCACCCUGGCUACAUGGUGAAGCAAAUUCAGUGCUCGAAGUGCGACGAAGUGGUGAACGAUUGCGAGUUAGUGUUCCACAUGUUCAGAAACCACGACGUCUCUAUUACGCAGGAAAAAACCAAGUGCGCCCUAUGCGGCCAUAAGUUUGAAACAAAUGAGUUCGAGGACGACCAUUUCUGCUACCACCUGACGGAAAAUUUAAAGUGUAUACCGUGCGACUCAAAAUUCGCCACGUUACACUCGCUAUCGCACCACAAAAUCACAGCACACUCCGAACAGUACCCCGUCUCGUGCGUGUACUGCACAAAACCGUUCAAAAACAAGCACUAUCUCGACGAGCACGUUCUUUUUCAGCACGUGACGCUUUCGAACCACAGCGCCACCUGUCGGUUGUGCGGCAAAGUUCUGGCGACGAAAACCAGUCUGCGCGGCCACAUGGACUUCGUGCACGGAGAGAAAAAGCACGUCUGCGAGGUGUGCGGGUAUAGCACGAGCGCGAAAAACGACCUUCUAAAACACGCCUUAACCCACACAAACACAAAACCGCACAAGUGCAACUUCGAGCGGUGUGAUAAGGAGUUCGCGACGCACAGUGGGCUGAAAGAGCAUCAGGAUAGGCAUGUGAGAAGAAACGUGCACACUUGUAAAAUUUGCAUGAAAAAGUUUCCGAGGUUGUUCACUUUAAGAAAACACAUAAGGGUCGUGCAUUUAGGCGAGAGAUCGUUUGCAUGUACUUGUUGCCCGGCCAAAUUUAAGACCAACACCGGUCUCAAGUUUCACAUGAAAAAGCACGAUGAGCUUUUAGUUGAUUAAGUUUGAUUAGUAAGGGUGGUUCACAAUAACCGUUAGCAUAAGAAAUACGAUUUUCGUAUUGUUCAUCAAUAAAUCAGGCUUUAAACAUACACAUAAGAUUGUUCACGACCUUAAAAAUUGACAUGUCAAAACAUGUGUAUUUCUUGUGCUGACGGUAAUGGUGAAUCCACACUAAUUUGUUACAUAUUUUGAUAAAUAAAACGC